UCAGAACCAGGUCACACUGAGCAGUACCACUCUUCUCGGUCCAGUCCGGUCCAGUACAGCACCAUAGCACCAGCACUGAGUCACCAGGCACUGCAGAAACAGGUAGAGACUGUUUUUUAUGCAGGUGAUGCAGGUGACGAUGAGGGAUUAACAGACAGACACUGAGAGUGGCAGAGAUCCUGAAAGACAAGUAAAGCUGAAUUUCAGAUUUCCGAGUUUACUUGGAAGUCUCCAUGCCAUUUGCACACCUGUGGCUGCUGAAAGCUAACGGGAUAACUUGGCUGUGUCGGGGUUUCUGGAUUUAGUCAUUUGUUAAUUCUUAAAAUGUGAAACCUCAUGCCUCAUGUAAUACAUGGUACACCACCAAACCCAGAACUUUGUGACCAGCAGCCAUCGAUUGGAUGGAGUAACAUUUUAACCCACCAGCUGUCUUCCUAAGUGUGUAUUAGCAGCAGUUAACCAGCCUUUAACACUAACUAUUUGUGAGUAUUUUCCCAAAUGAUGAGGACUGACAGCAAAGGCCGGAGUGCCUCCCCUCACCGGAUAACUUAUAACUCAGACUUCCAUGCCAUCAAGUGUUCAUUUGACACUGGGAUCACUUUAAAGUCUGGGGCUCAGCAGUCCACUUUGCACCCAAGCAGACUGCCCCUCAGCCUGUCAGACCCAAUCAUGUCUCAAACUAGCAGCAACCCGGUGAGCAGAGGGCGGAUUGGCAGCACUAAGGGAGCCAAAAUUAGUCAAAACAUCUUUCUUCAAAUGGAUAGUCAACAGCUUAAACCAGAUGGGCAAAAUACAGGAUGCUCACCAGCACUUUCACCUCAAAAAACAAUUCCAACUUCACCUUUUCCCUCUACACGGCGUUUGUUUGCCAGUUCUUCAUCUGUUCUGAGCACUGCCACAAGCCUCUCAACUCCUGAUGCCUUUCUACGAGAUAAAAGCAGAUCAGAAGAAAUAAAGGAUAUUGACAGGGCAGCUCUGGCACAGAAGUUCAGUGUAACCCGCAAGCUGUUUGAGACUAAACUAACAGCCGUGCCCAGCGGUGGUUCAUACAGCAUUAGGAGGAGCAGGAGGAAGGAGGAAGUCAAUUACCCCAGAGAUGGUGACAGCUCAUGGGACAAGGAUAAACACAUGACACUUCCAGAGAUGGAUGGUUUAGAUAAAGAGAAGUUCAUAAACCUUCCCAUCGUAAAUAUUUCUUUAGCUCAGUCUUCUGCGGAGGGGUCUAUGGCAGGCCACCAUAAAUCUCUCAGAGCCAGUGAUCCACAUGAAGACUCAGUCACCUCUCUUAUCUGCUCUGGUCCACAUGAUCAACCUGCAAUAUCGCAUAUCAAUAAAAUAACACAAGAGGACCAUUAUGCAGGUGAAAAGGUACGUCGUGAUACAGAUUUGAUCAGUGAGGAACCAGUGAAGGCUGAGCUAGUCGACCUAAAGAAUGGGUCCUCUGAAAGUGAUUGUGAGACAGACAAUAAAGCAGAGGAUGACUGGCAGGAAACAUCAGUGAAUUACAUGACACCUUGCAUAGUGCAGGAUUUGGUGGAUGAUGUUUUUGAAGAACUCAACUUACUCAAGCAAAAUGAGUUCACUGAAGGUGUUCUAUGUAAAACAGUGGAUCAAAAUGGCAGUGUAGACUUGUAUGAGCAGGAGAGCACAAAAUGGGAGGGGCAGGCAGGAGAAGAGUCCCUUAAACCAGCGAACAUGUCGGCAGUAGUCAGCAACUCUGUGACAGAGGAGAGAGAGGGGAUGCAAGCAGAAGUUAUUGACCAAGAGUUGUGCAGUUUGGAAAAAGCUGAAUUGAAAGAAAGAAAGAAUGACGAAAGUACGGUGAGUGAAGACAGAAGUGGAAGCAGGCUGCUGGGAGCGAAGGGGUGCAGUACUGUGGGGGGAAUGGGGGAAAAAGAGGAGAGGGUGGGCUGUGCAAACUCUGGUGGGAUCAAGAAUGAGGCUUCUAUGAAUAUCCAAGAUGCUCAGUCCACAACAGAAGACCAGAGCCCAGAUGAGCAGUCUGCUUUGGAAUAUGAGGAAAUCCCUGGAAUCCCUGAACUUGGGUCUGGUUCUGAAGAACAGACUCCAGAUGGAAAACGAAAGGUCAAGUUCUCUACAGCACCCAUCAAAGUUUUCAGCACUUACUCAAAUGCUGAGUAUGACAGACACAAUGAUGACAUUGACCCAGUGUCUGCUUCUGCGGAGUAUGAACUGGAAAAGCGUGUGGAAAAGAUGGAUGUUUUUCCUGUGGAGAUCGAAAAAGGAGAAGAGGGUUUGGGCAUCAGCAUUAUAGGAAUGGGUGUUGGUGCUGAUCAGGGACUGGAGAAGCUCGGAAUCUUUGUCAAAUCUGUCACUGAAGGCGGAGCAACAGAGAAAGAUGGAAGGAUUCAAGUGAAUGACCAGAUUGUGGAAGUGGAUGGUGUCAGUUUAGUUGGAGUCUCCCAAGUGUUUGCAGCCACUGUUUUGAAGAAUACGUCAGGCCUUGUAAAGUUUUUGAUUGGUCGUGAGAAGGAUGGUGUGGAGAGCGAGGUGGCGAGGCUAAUUAAUGAAAGCCUAGAGAUGGAGAAAUCUUCCCAUACUGGGCAGAGAUGCAGUGAAUGUGACGAUGAUGAAAGCUACACUGAAUACACUACAGUGGGUGACGAUGAGGAAGAUGAUGUGUCACAGCUUUCUGGCCUGGAUAACCACCAACUAUGCCUUAAAUACCAACAGCUCCAGGUUAAACUCCAAAUCAGAACAGACCAACUACGGAGCACUCGAGAAAAGUUGCACACACUGGAGGAGCAGCAGGCUAGUUGGCAGAACCAGAAAGCCGAGCUUGAACAGAAAAUAGAAGAUGAAGAAGAGAAGGCUGAUAAACUGGAGAAGUAUUGGCAGGAGGCCCAGACGCUUUGCAGAGUUAUCAGCCAGAGAUUGGCCGAUGCCCAGAGCCAAUCAGAAAACCUGGAGAUCAAAUAUAACAAGGCCAAAAGACUGCUCCGGGAAUACCAAAGCAGAGUGGAGGAUGCUGAGAACAGGGAAGCAGAACUGAAGAGGGAGCUGGAGCAGAAACAAGACCAGCAGCAAGAGCUGAUGGAAAAGCUGUUUGUUCAGCAAAAAGAGAGAGAAUCUUUAUCUGGAAGGAGUAACACUGCACCAGAAACUGAUGGUGAAUGGUAUGGCCUAGUCCCUGAUACAGGGCGCCUAGACUGCAGUGCUCACAUCGCCAAGGCUCAACUGGCCCAGAAAUCCAAGCGCCACCCUCCCUCUCGGGACAAACUAAGGGAGAGCUUCAGACGACAGGUCAGACACAGAAGAAGCGGCACAACAAAGUCAGUGGAUACACAGUCGCUGCCUGCUCCUACUACACUACAGCGAUCCAGCAGAAGUGACCUGUCCAGUACAUCUUCUUUCCCCACACUUAGCCCUCAGCUUCCCUCCAUCUCAGUGUCUACACCUCCCAUUUAUAUCACUGACACUAGCUCUUCACCUCUCAAGUCCUCCUCCUCCUCUAGAAAGUCCAAGAGGAAGUUCCCCAAUUUGAGUGGGCUUCGCAAGUCUCUCAACAAAAGGCGGAGUGAAAAAAAGAGUAGGAAAUCCUUGGCAAGCAGGAGUUCUUCUGGUGACUUGGCUAAUGAACCUGUUGAGAUCUCGUCAACAUCCUCACUUACCUCUAUGCCUUCAUGUUUGCCCUUCUCCUGGUUUGGAGAUAAAACUACAGAGAAAGGGGAGGAUCAGGAAAAAAACAAAGAGAGGCUUAGGUCUGUGUCCAGCAGUAGCCUGCCCUAUCUGACCACCACUGGAAGAAGAGACCAAACCUUGGAUGAUGACUUGAUUCCUACCAAUAACAACCACCAAUGGCAGAGUCUUCCAGUGACUGAGUGGAGCUGUGAGCAGGUGUGUCUGUGGCUGGUGGCGAUGAGUAUGGACCAGUAUGCAGCAGAGUUUUCUGCCAGAUGUGUGAACGGGGCACACCUUCUCAACCUGGAUACUGACAAACUGAAGACCCUGGGUGUGUGCAAUCAGAACGAUCGCUCCUUUUUAAAGAAGAAGCUCAAGGACCUGAAGAAACGUGAGGAAAAGGAGCAGAGAGAGAGAGACAAGAGGCUCAGGGAGGAGAGGGACACACACACGACUCACAAGGAAUCCAAGAGAGGCACCAUCCGGACUGAGUCACUGUUGUAAAUCAAAUGCCUUUGCCACCUGCAUGAGGGUCUAAAAUGCCACACGCACAUGAACUUGAAAUGUACCCAUUUUAACUGGUGAUACACAACUUGCAGUAUAUGUUCUAUCACAUGCACCAGCAGAUUAUGGCAGUUUUAUAUAAAUAUUUAAAUGCUAAUCUUUUAAUUUAUUAAUGAUUUUAUUAAUAAAGUGUCCUAUUUAAGAAUUCAUAUCUAAUUUAAUUCUAUUCUGCUAAUACAGAGUUUUCUUUUUUGACAGUCUCAACAUGACAAACACAUGAAUACAAACACUUAAAUUUUUAUUCCAAAAUAACAUUAUUUACA